AUGUGCUGGACUAUCCUGACGCAAGCUGGGCUGGACGCAGAUCCCGUGACCUCCACACUGUCGAGUCGCUGCCUCUUGAAGGACCUGAUCUCGGUGCGGGCGCUCUCUGCCCAGCCGGGCAGCGCGGAGCGGUCGGAGUCCGACGGCGCCCUGCUCGAGGCUUCCCGCUGGUUCUGGAUCGUGGGCGUAGUGGCCACUCUCAUGGGUUCUACACUGACGGUGCUUGGCUUCAUGGUGCAGAAGGUGUCCCACCAGUACAGCAGGGACGGAGGCAGGUGGUACUGGACGGACUGGCGAUGGCUCUUCGGGCUGGUCCUGUGGCUUCUUGGGCAGGUGCUGUGCUGCUUCGCGGACGGGAUCGCGCCUCGCUCGCUGCUCGCUUGCUUCAACUGCUGGAACAUCGUGAUAGUCUUUGCGCUCGCGCCGCUCUGCUUCGGAGAGGCCAUCGACAGGAAGGCCUUCCUGGGCGCCGGGGUGACGAUGCUGGGUUGCGUCUGGGUGGUGUUGGCAGGGCCGAGGGACUACCAGACGCACACGGUAGACAGCAUAAACAAGGCAUGGAGUAGCUUCCCGUCCGUCCUGGUGAUCGCGACGACGGCGGUAUAUCUCGCGGUCGCCGGGAGCUGGGGACGUCUCGCCAGCCCGCUGGCGCGCUGGCCCCCCGUGGAGCUCGCGGCGCUCUCGGCGGCAUUCGCUUGGUACGCCAUGCUGCUCUCAAAGUGCGUUUCCACGCUCUUGGUGACUUCUGUCAGUGUGGAGAACCAGAUGGAGCACUGGGAGUUCUGGCUGUUCAUGGUGGGCAUGCUAGUCUGCGCGGCACUCCAGAUGCACACGCUCAACAUGGGGCUGAAAUUUGGCAGGAGCGUCGAUGUGCUUCCCACCUACGAGGCCCUGUCGAUGACUGGGCAGAUCAUCAUCUGCGGCACCUUCUUCAGCGAAUUUCAGGGCUUCGGCCUCUGGGACAUGAUAUCGUUCGCAAGCGGCGUCUCGUGCGUGCUCGCGGGCGUCACGGGCCUGGUGCGCUGUGGCGAGAAGGCUGGCGUCGGCGAGGAUCGGCCCGUGCCGCGCCGCGGGACCACGGGGAGGGCCACGAGCAUGAACCACGACGGGACGGACCACGGGAGGGACCGCGGGAGGGACGACGAGUGGGACCACGGGAAGGACCGCGGGGGCGGGGAAUGGGCAGACCAGUGGGGAGGGACCACGUACGUCGAGUCGCGGCCCCUAUCGUCCUGA